GGAAAACCGUCGCGCGCAAGUCAGGAGCUCGAGCAAGAGUUGAAAUUUCUUAUUCUUAACGCUACAGAAAACAGAGUACGUUGGUUUUAUCUGAACAGAUAACAAUUUGACGGCUCAAAAGGUUGCCCAAAAAGCGAUCACAAAUGGACUGCUGUGAAGCAGUAGCUGGCUAAAAAGACCUGAAGAUAAACGCCCAAACAUCUUGAGACUACAAAUUCCAGCUGAUAUUCGAAUGAGAUUUUUCACAUUGAGCGAAUCAUCCUUCUCCUCUGUUCGUCUUCUCCCUUUUCAUCCCUCUGUCCGGCUGGGGUGAGGACAAGGGGGUCCAUGGAGAGAGCUUUAAAUGGCUGAGGAGUUGUGUACCGGUUGGUUUCGCAUCGUUGCAGGUACAGUAGGCUCUUUGGAGAUAGAGGAAUGCAAAUCUGCAACCAUGAUGGAAGGAUUGAAAAAACGUACCAGGAAGGCCUUCGGGAUACGGAAGAAAGAAAAGGACAAUGACUCCACGGGGUCCCCAGACAGAGACGGCGGUUCUCAGAAGAAGACCAAUGGGGCCCCUAAUGGCUUCUACGGAGAUAUCGACUGGGACAGAUAUAACUCUCCUGAGGUGGACGAUGAGGGCUACAGCAUCAGACCUGACGAGGAGUCGGAAGAAGGAGCACCCAUCACCAAAAAGCCCCACUUCUUUUCCUCCGAUGAGUCGGAAGAAGAGGAGGACCACAGGAAGAAAUUCAAAAUCAAGAUCAAGCCACUGCCGGCCGAUCGUGUAGUGUCGGCGCCCUCGGUCGACGAGCUCAAAGCCUCCAUAGGCAACAUAGCCCUGUCCCCGUCUCCUAUGAGACGUAGCCCGGGUUUGAAAAGGAACACAUCCAGUGAGGAGAUCGCCAGACCGAGACGUGUUGUUCCUACUUUACCCACUGUGGCCCCCACACCAGCUCCAGCUCCAGCACCACAACCUCCCAGCAGUCAACAAACACCAGUCUCUGAAGACACCACAGCCUUAUUUGGGCCUCCUUUGGAAACAGCCUUUGGAGAACAGAAAACUGAAGUGGGUUUCUCGGGGUCCGAUGCGUGGGGGGCUCCUCUGUCAGAGUCUGAAUCCUCUUUGACAAGAUCCUUCCCCACAGGAACUCCACCUCCACUUCCCCCCAAGAAUGUCCCGACCUCUCCCCCAUCGACUGGUUCUCCCUCAGCAGAUAACGCUGAAGUGUCACCAGACGCAGACAGUUCUGUCAGAAAGCCCUCAAUAGCUGACUUGGACAACAUUUUUGGACCAGAAGAGGCUCCCCCUGCUGGCGAGGACACAGGCGACUCGUGGGUCUGCUUCAAUGCAGAAUCUCCUGACCGGCCGCCUGUACCAGAGGAACCAGCACCUCCAGUACCAACCUCCCCGCCUCCACCUGAAUCUCCUGCCCCACCCCUGCCUACAUCACCACCUCCUCCAGAAGACCCUGCACCACCUCCUCCUACUUCCCCUCCCCCAAAAGAAGAACCUGUGCCCCCUCUCCCAACCUCCCCGCCUCCCUCAGAGGAGCCUGUCGCACCUUGUGUCCCCUCGGGUCCACCUACACCUGAGGACCGAAAUCCUCCCACGCUUGCCACCUCUCCACCCCCUGCACCACCAAAGGAGCUCACGUCUCCUCCUACUUCCUCUCCCCCUCCUCUUGACUUACCUGCCAGCAACCCACCAGCUGCUGCUCCCAAAGCAAGCACCCCUCCAGCGGUGACUCCUCCUGCCGAGGCACCCACAGCACGCUCCGUCCCUCCACCACUUACCCUGUCUCAGGAGGAGCAGUCCAAGAACACAGAUGUCACCCAACCCAAAGAGGACGGAGGUGAAACUGUCACCUCGCCCAACGAUGCUAGCCAGGGCAGUCGGAGUACGCCUCCUCCACCUCCUCCACCGACAUAUCGGGCAGUGGUGUCGUCACCAGGUCCUACAUCUGGAGCUGGUGGCACAAAUAGCGGUUCCUCCUCUCCAGUGCGACCUUCCACUCCUUCGUCAGCGAACCCCACCCCACCACCACCUCCACCUCGUCCCCCUUCACGGCCCAAACUUCCUCCAGGGAAACCCACUAUAGGAGAUGUAAAUCGUCCAUUCAGCCCGCCGAUCCACUCUGCCAGCCCCCCUCCUAUCGCCCCAUUGGCGCGGGCCGAGAGCACCUCCUCCAUCUCCUCCACCAAUUCCCUGAGUGCCGCCACCACCCCCACCGUCAGUAAAGAGCUCUCCGUGUCCGUGUCAGAAGACGAUGCUUAUGUAGACAAACUGCCCACCUUUGAGAGACACUUUGAUUCGUUUGCAGAGAAUGACCAGCCAUCCCUUGUAUGGUUUGACAGAGGGAAGUUUUAUUUAACCUUUGAAGGCUGCUCCAGAGGACCCAGUCCUCUCACCAUGGGGGCUCAGGACACUCUUCCUGUGGCCGCUGCAUUCACAGAGACGGUCAAUGCCUUCUUUAAAGGAGCUGACCCCAGCAAGUGUGUUGUGAAGAUCAUAGGUGAGAUGGUAUUGUCGUUUCCGGCAGGAAUCACGCGGCACUUUGCCAAUAACCCGUCCCCUGCCGUGCUAACCUUCAGCAUAACCAACUACAGCCGACUGGAGCAUGUGCUGCCUAACCCCCAGCUCCUCUGCUGCGACACCACCACACAAGCCAAGGCCAAUGCCAAGGACUUCUGGGUGAACAUGCCAAACCUGAUAUCCCAUUUAAAGAAGGUGGCAGAGCAGAAGCCACAGGCAACAUACUACAAUGUGGACAUGCUCAAGUAUCAGGUAUCGGCGGAGGGGCUCCAGUCGAUUCCUCUGAAUCUAGCGGUGAGCUGGAGAUGUGAGCCCACCAGCACUGACCUGAGGAUAGACUACAAAUACAACGGGGAGGCCAUGACGACGCCAAUGGCCCUCAACAACGUCCAGUUCCUCGUCCCUGUCGACGGAGGGGUGUCAAAACUACAGGCUGUCUUACCUCCUGCUGCAUGGAAUGCAGAGCAGCAAAGAAUCCUGUGGAAGAUUCCUGAUAUCUCACAGAAAUCUGAAAACGGAGGUGUGGGAUCGUUGUUAGCACGCUUUCAGCUAACAGAAGGGCCCAGUAAACCGGCCCCACUGGCGGUGCAGUUCACCAGUGAGGGCAGCACCCUGUCGGGCUGUGACAUUGAACUGGCUGGGCCAGGAUACCGCUUCUCUCUCAUCAAGAAGAGGUUUGCCGCAGGAAAAUACCUGGCCGACAAUUAACCCAUGCUACUGAGAACAGCACUGUUGUAACAAAACAAUCGCAGUGGACUGAGGUUGACACCGAGGACAGAGGACAAACCGACACCAGACAACAGACUUUCCGUAAACCUUUUCUGAACCCACACGACAGGUCCGCAGCCUACCCAGCAGUAUUGUAUAACUUGCAUAUAGCAUCGUGGAAACUGUUUUAGGUCAUGUAAUUAUCGUAUUUGUAUUCAUUUCAUGACAUCUGUAUUGCUGCAGUUAGACACCUGGGUUCUUCCUCCCUCUGAAGUCUGUGCCUCUGUCUCCAUCCUCCUCUGGUCAAUGUGUGGUGGUGUUGUUUUAAAGUUUCACUGCAGCUGCCUGACAGAAGACAUGGACAGAAAGAGUUCGGGCCAGAUUUGAACUCUUGGCAACGAGCUGUUUGUUGUCUAGAGUCCAGGAAGAUUUGGCUGUAAAAACACCCAUGAAUAAGAUCCUUGCAGUCAGACAUUCACCUCAACCUCUGACAAAGUCUGAUUUCCCAAAGUUAGACUAGUUUAAGUUGAAGCACUAUACACGAUUACCAGACAAAGAAAUCAGCUACAUAAAAAAUCUGUAAAAAUCUUCUGUCAUAGUCUGAGCGCAAAGCCUGAGACAGCUGCCUCACUGUCUCGCACUGACGGCAGCCAUUUGCGCGUUUUGCCAGCAGGUAAACGCAUUUACUGAUGCAUUUUGACUCAUGUUGUCACAAGCAGUUAAAUAAAAGAUGUUUCUAGUCGGUGCUUGAAACACAGGAUCAAGUAUCUACAAAAAACUAACCAGAUUUUCAUGCAUCACCUACUGGUACUACAGGGUCACACGACUUUGGAUCACAUCCUUUUUAAUAUAAAUGCACUGAUCAGUCAAUCAAACUGUUAAUUUUAUUUCUCUGGAAGAUACAGACGCGGAGAAGUUUUUAGCUAGUUAGGCAGCUGCAAUGAUAAAUCAGUUUAUUGGUUGCAAAAUAAGAAAAAUCUGUUUCCCGUCAGAACAAAAGAAGUGUACAAAGUGUCAUUUUAAAUCAAUAAUAUAUAUCUUAAAGGGCGUUUGGUGUUUUCCUCGUAUUGUCAGAUAGCCUUUUCUGUUGUUCCCAGGACAGCAGUGAUAGACUCCAGAGUACAUGACAGCAUUCUAUUUUUAUUUAUUGAUGACAAUGAUUUUGUUGUAUAAAACGUGAUUCUGUAUACGAAUAGAAUUUGAAUGGUAUCACGCAACUCAGAACCCUUAAAGGUAUAAAUAUUUGAACUCUUUUUUUGUUAUCUGUGUAGUUGGGUAACCUGUGUACAGUAUGAGGUAUAAUUUUUGAAUUUAUUUCAGAUAUAAUUUUUUAACUCGAGUGCAACAGAAGAUUUGAGCUAUAUAUGGGUGAGGGGGGGUAAUUUAAAGAAAAAAGAUAAAUAUCUUACUGGAUGCUGUGUUAUGCUUCGUGAAAGCAGUGUUAAUGUAGAGUUAGUUAUACCAUGGGCAAGGUCCACACUUCAAAGAGUUAGUUUGACAUUUUGGGAGAUCUGUCUGUUCAACACGAGGCUGGAGCCAGGAGACAGUUAGCUGAGCAUAAAGACUGGUAGCAGCUAGCCUGAUUUUAACAAGAUAUAAAAUGUUUAAUUUCUGACUUUGAAGAUUUAUUAACAUUUCCUGCAGCGCCACCAUCCGGUCAAAUAUUGCCUGUCCAAUACAUUUAUGAUCACCUGCAAAACUAAAUGCUUCUCCAUCAGGCUCAGCUUACUUUUGCUAGUUUGCAAAUGUUAGCAUCCUAACACGCUAAUCUAAGAUGGUGGACAUUGAGCCAGGCUAACAGUGUGUGUCCAGUCUGUUAUGCUAAGCUAAGCUAACCGUCUCAUAGCUCCAGCUAAACAUUUGAUAUUUGCAUCACGAAAUCGUGUCUGCAUCCAAACUUCCCAAACUGUCAAACAUUUCCUUUUAAUAAGGUCAAGACAAAAGCAAUCAGUUUUCCUCAACAGCAGUGAUGACGUUUGGUAACUGUGGUACCACCACUGGAACAGGAUUUGUUUACUGGGACCAGCUUGUUUUUUGUUUUUUUGUUGUUUUUUUUAAUUCAGACCUCAUCAGAAAACAUUCUUAUAUUAAUCUAGCAUUCUCAGUUCCCACAUUCAGCUAUUUCCUUAACUUGGACCACAUGUCUGAACUGCUUUCUGACCUGUUUCCAUUCACCUCAGUGGUACCUAAACUCCCUGAUUAUAUCAUGAGCACAUCCCCCGAUCAUCCAACCAGCGCUUGAAUCCAUGGCUUUAUUUUGCAUAAUCGUAAUGGUCUCUGUGAGAUGACAUGAGUUGAAUGAGGUUGUGGAGUGAGGUUAAGUUGACCAAAAUGCUUCUUUUUUUUUCUUUUUUCUUUUUUUUUUUUUUGUAUUUUAUGUGUGUGUACCCCGGACAGUCAGUCCUCUGUUAAGGAGAAUAAGCUGAAUAUUUUUAAAAUGGAUAAAAAUGAAAAAAUAUUAUAUUGUUUAAUGUGUAAUAAACACUGUGCUGAUGAUGUUGAACUUCCUGAAUGCUCUGACACUCGACAUGAAGAACAAAAAGUGUGUGUGAAGCAUAGCCGAAGAUCUCCGUACUGUACUGUGUAUCGGCAUUCUGCUAAAUGCAACCAAUCAGAAUCCUUUCAGAGCCGUUGUAGAACCAUAUUAGGCUGAAUGUAGGACAAGCAGGUUAUGAGCAACGUGUCAAUACUCCUAUUAAAUGAUAGUGUACUUUUAAUUGGACAAAGUUUUAACAUAGUUAUUGGCUAAUAAAAAGAUCAGAUUUGACCUGUGCAGUUCAAAUAAAAGACUUGUUUUUAACAGAUUUAUUCCUGCGCAGACUCCAUGUGGAUUACUCUGAGGUUGCAUUUAUUUUAUCAAUGCAAGGUGAUGAUGAUUGGUGCCAUUUAGCUCCCACAUUAGUUUGGUAACAUUUUGCUUUCAGUCAUGUUAGUCCUUCAUCUAGUUGGAUCAACAUGGUUGACAGGAAGCUGUAACCUUCUACGUGAAUCUUGAAGCUCCAGCACAACAGUCACUACAGCAUUAUCUACAGAGGCCCACCACAAACAUCCCCCAUCAUGCAUCUGUUUUAAAUUACCACUACACUAAGCUUAAAUGUCUUUCUGUUUGGAAGUCAUGUUGCAGUACAAAACUCACUCUCAGUCUGUUUGCUGCAUCAUCCAGUUCGGGGGGGGGGAAAAAGAAAACUUUUCCAGAUCUUCAUCUCUGUGCUGAAUUUGUCCUGCAGUAAUUCAUUAUUGCAUGCAGAGCAUGCAGUAGAAGGUGGGGCAUCUAUGAUGAUAGGUAGUGCUGCAUUGAUGUGUUGUGCUGAGUGUCAGUCACUUGUAUUAAUGUUGAGAAGAGAGCAGGGAGUGUGUUUAUGUGUGCUAUAAGCCAGAAUGCUUUUUGGUUCUGUACCGUUAACCUCAAACACAUGUGCAAGCUGUUUGUACAGUACAUAACAACGCUAAGAUGAACUGAGAAACUUAGUUUGCUUCUUUCCAAAACCAAUAAAAAUUAUAACUGGAA